GUUUUUCCUUCUUAUGGGUAUGGUUACUGUAUGAUGAACACAUAGCCGAGAAACCGCCAUCAUCACUACUACCGGCAGCAGUAGCUCAACGCCAUCAGCAGCUUAUCUAUCGAUUGCUUGAUCUUCAAUCGCUGAAAACCCCCAAUAGUAUGAUAUAAUGGUGUUUAAAGGUAGAUUCUUCUCUUCAAAGAAAUCGUCCGACACUUCAAGCCCUGAGGGAUCCAACAGCCCUCGAUCUAUUGGCUCUAAUUCCAAUUCUCCCAUAAGAUCCGAAAAGAAGAAGGCAAAGUCUGCAACCAAAGACAAUCAUCACCCACCGAUCGUCACCAGUUCUACGUUUCGUCAAACUCAAGUCAAAGAUGGUUCAAGUUCAAGUUCAACUUCAAACCUAAAGCAUCUUAGUCAGAAUAAGAAGGAAGUUACUAUAGGCACGGAAUCGAGGGUUAAUGCACUGACUUCUGUAAGCACAAAACCAAGUUUGGGAGCAGUAUCAGCAUCAUCCAAGCCCACACGGAAAUAUGCGGCGGAAGUUCCGCCGACUGUUUCCCCGAUUUUGGCAUCCUCACUUGGUUUGAAUCGGAUCAAGACCAGAUCGGGGCCGCUGCCCCAAGAGAGCUUCCUCGGGUUUAAUAGAGAUAGUAAUAACAAUAAUGCUAAUAGCAAAACGUCUUCGCUUGGGGCCAGUAACCUUUCAAAAGCAAAAAGCAGCGCAGGUGGUGAUGGCGGUAGCUUCAAAAAGAUGGGACUUGCUGCUGACAAGAAUAAGAUGCCUUCUUGUUUUGAAAAUGGUGAUCGGGGUUCUUGGGAUGACAAUGCGAGCGCUUCAGACAUGCCCGUUAAAAGCGUACCUUUAAGAGAUCAGACCCCUCAUGUUUUAGGUCGUUCUCCACUACGGACUGGAGAAUCUUCAUCAGAAGCUGGGCGUCUGAAGUCAAGGGGAUACUCUGGAGGCUUGAGGACUUCAGAUAUUUGUACUCCAGAGAUGAAGACAUCAUAUGAUUGUGAAAACCCUAAGGAAUCUGAAUCACCCCGCUUUCAAGCUAUACUACGUCUUACGAGUGCUCCUAGAAAGAGAUAUCCCGCUGACAUAAAAAGUUUCUCCCAUGAGUUGAACUCGAAAGGUGUACGACCUUUUCCAUUUUGGAAACCUCGGCGUUCAAAUAACCUAGAGGAGGUUUUGUCAACGAUACGAGCUAAGUUUGACAAAGCAAAGGAAGAAGUAGAUUCUGAUCUGCAUAUAUUUGCUGGAGAUCUGCUUGGCAUUCUGGAGAAGAAUACAGAAAGUCAACCACAAUGGCAGGAAACUUUGGAAGACCUGCUGGUAUUGGCGCAGAGGUGUGCCAUGACAUCUCCUGGAGAGUUCUGGUUGCAGUGUGAGGGGAUUGUUCAAGAAUUGGAUGAUAGGCGUCAGGAGCUUCCCAUGGGUAUCUUGAAGCAGCUUCAUACUCGUAUGCUUUUCAUACUCACCAGAUGUACAAGGCUACUACAGUUCCACAAAGAAAGUGGGUUGGCUGAAGAUGAACUUGUUCUUCAACUUCGACAAUCACUGCAUUCUGCUGGUAAACAUAUUCCUCCAAGCAUGCCAAGAGAUGGAGUUUCUAGUGCUUCAAGACCCUCAAAGGGGGCAUCAACAAGGAAAUCCUUCAGUCAGGAACAACAUGGGUUACAUCAUGGCUUGGAUUGGAAGAAAGACCAGGUUAAACAACCUGCAACUGUCCUGCCUCCACCUCCUCUAGAAACAACCAAGAACUUAGAUUCCCCCACAGGCAGAGAUCGGAUGGCCUCAUGGAAGAAAUUCCCAUCUCCUGGAGGAAAAAUCCCCAAAGAAGUUGUGGUAAAAGAGCGGAAUGACGAUAAAUUGGAUGCUUCCAAGAGGAUGACCAAUCAAAAGGUAGCCUCUGAUGUGGAUUUGACUACCUUGAAGCCUCCUGAGCUAUCUCCUGCUAAAGAUUCACUUGCACAAUCUACCACUCCUUAUAAGCAUCAGCACCGAGCUUCAUGGGGCUGGGGGGAUCAACCAAAUAUUGCGGAUGAAAGUUCCAUAAUUUGCCGGAUCUGUGAGGAGGAAGUUCCUACAUUACAUGUGGAAGAUCAUUCUAGAAUUUGCGCAAUUGCUGAUCGAUGUGAUCAAACAGGUUUACGUGUAGAUGAGCGGCUUGUCAGAGUUGCUGAAACCCUUGAGAAGCUGAUGGAGUCCAAUUCACAAAAAGAUUUUCAGCAUGUUGUUCGAAGCCCAGACGGUGCUAAGAUAUCAAAUUCAAGUGUUACUGAAGAGUGUGAUCUCCUGUCUCCGAAACUCAGUGAUUGGUCUCGAAGAGGUUCAGAGGACAUGCUUGACUGUUCUCCAGAAGCUGAUAAUUCUGUUUCCAUGGAAGAUCUUAAAGGUCUACCAUCCAUGUCAUGUAGAACCCGCUUUGGUCCCAAGUCUGACCAAGGCAUGACGACGUCAUCUGCAGGUAGCAUGACUCCUAGGUCACCAUUGAUGACACCAAGGACCAGCCAGAUAGACUUGCUAUUGGCAGGAAAGGGUGCUUACUCGGAACAUGAUGACAUUCCACAGAUGAAUGAACUUGCUGAUAUUGCUCGAUGUGCUGGAAAUACACCCUUAGACGAUGACCGCUCUUUGCCAUAUUUGUUGACUUGUCUUGAUGAUCUGAGGGUUGUCAUUGACCGCAGGAAAUUCAAUGCUCUCACCGUUGAGACAUUUGGAGCACGCAUAGAGAAACUUAUUCGGGAGAAGUAUUUGCAGCUUUGUGAGAUGGUUGAUGAUGAAAAAGUUGAUAUCACAAGUACUGUUAUCGAUGAAGAUGCUCCGUUGGAGGAUGAUGUUGUACGUAGCCUAAGAACCAGCCCUAUGCAUUCAGGGAAGGACCGGACUUCAAUAGAUGACUUCGAGAUUAUAAAACCAAUUAGUCGUGGAGCAUUUGGCCGUGUUUUUUUGGCAAAAAAGAGAACAACAGGGGAUCUUUUUGCUAUAAAGGUCCUUAAGAAGGCUGACAUGAUCCGCAAGAAUGCUGUUGAGAGUAUAUUGGCAGAACGUGAUAUCUUGAUAUCAGUCCGCAAUCCUUUUGUGGUUCGUUUCUUCUAUUCUUUUACUUGUCGCGAAAAUCUGUACCUUGUCAUGGAAUACUUGAAUGGCGGUGAUCUAUAUUCAUUAUUGAGAAACCUAGGCUGCUUGGAUGAAGAUGUCGCUCGCAUAUACAUUGCAGAAGUGGUCCUUGCCUUGGAAUAUCUACAUUCUCUACGCGUGGUUCACCGUGAUUUAAAACCAGAUAAUUUAUUGAUUGCACAUGAUGGUCAUAUUAAGUUAACAGAUUUUGGGCUUUCAAAGGUUGGUCUGAUUAACAGUACAGACGAUUUGUCUGGUCCAGCAGUGAGUGGCACGUCUCUUUUGGGAGAUAAUGAAUCUCAGUCAUCUCUAACUGGGAGUCAGCAUGAAAGACGUAAAAAUCGGUCUGCUGUUGGUACACCUGACUAUUUGGCACCCGAAAUUCUUCUGGGAACCGGACAUGGUACAUCAGCGGAUUGGUGGUCUGUUGGUGUCAUACUAUUUGAGCUGAUUGUUGGCAUUCCUCCUUUCAAUGCAGAGCACCCUCAGAUGAUAUUUGAUAACAUUCUCAACCGUAACAUACCCUGGCCUGCGGUGCCUGAGGAAAUGAGUCUUGAUGCCCAGGAUCUCAUUGAUCAAUUAUUGACAGAAGAUCCUAACCAGAGACUUGGCGCUAGAGGAGCAACCGAGGUGAAGCAACACCCGUAUUUUAGGGAUAUUAACUGGGAUACACUUGCCAGGCAGAAGGCUGCAUUUGUCCCUUCAUCAGAGAGUGCUUUGGACACCAGUUAUUUCACAAGUCGCUACACAUGGAAUAACUCAGAGCAGGUAUAUGCAGCAAGUGAAACAGAGGAUUCUAGUGACAAUGGAAGCAUGAGUGGUAGCAGUAGUUGCCUAAGCAAUCGCAAUGAUGAAGUGGCUGAUGACUUUGGGGGUCUUGCUGAACUUGAAUCAGGAUCUUGUGUCAACUACUCUUUUAGUAAUUUCUCCUUCAAGAAUCUAUCACAACUUGCAUCAAUCAACUAUGAUUUGCUGUCCAAGGGGUUGAAGGAUGAUCUGCCUACAAAUCCUAAUCAGUAGUUACCUGGAUCUCCCUUUCAAUGAUACAGAUAGAUAGAUGUUUGUUUUAUACAGAUGGACAUCAUGUGGGCUUUUAUCAGCUUUGUUGAUUGUAUAUCCUGUAAAUAGAUAGAAGAAGUAGCUCAAACGGAAAUACCUGCAGACAGAUGGAUUGGCUUUUUCCGUAAAGCAUGUUGUGCCUAAAUAUACUUGAAUGAUGACAAACGACGAAAUUAGAAGCUGUCCUCUUUGUCAUGAUCAUCGAGAACACAUGCUAUUGAAAUUUUGAAUUUUUAAUUGAAUUCUUCGUGAACUUUUCCUCAUUCCCCAGAUGUUUUAACAUCCGAAAUUUCUUGUAAAUGGUAUGUUUGUAAUUUAAUGUUGCAUGAGUUCAACUUGGUUCCUUUGAACA